CACCAAUGAAGGGAUAUAAGUAUAAGACCAAUAAAUAAAUACUCCCUAGAAAAGAAGGAAAUAAGGAAGAGGACAUAUACACAAAGAUAAAAGGAGGAGGAAGUAGGCAAUUACUCACCACCUAACAAAGUCGCCCCAUUAAGGGACGCGUUUCCCUGCCGCGCGAGCACACUUUAUAAUAAACCCUCCUCGUCAUUUUCAUCCCAACCAGUCUCACCUUACCAAAUCGGUUUGCUACCUUUUUUGUACUGUCCCCUUCGUUUUUAGGGAGAGAUACGAGGUCCGAGGCUAAAUCCAUGGCUUUCUUGUCGUUCAUCGGAAGGCUUCUCUUCGUCUCCGCCUUCAUUCUUUCCGCAUACCAAGAGUUUAAUGAAUUCGGAACUGAUGGUGGCCCAGCAGGGAAAACAUUGAACUCCAAAAUCAAUGUGUUCACUAAGAAUGUAGCAACACACACUGGUUUUCAAGUUCCUCAUGUGGAGAUCAAGCAUAUUGUUUUGGGCCUUAUCCUUUUGAAGGGGCUUGGAAGCCUUCUCUUUGUCUUUGGAAGCUCUCUUGGAGCUUACAUUCUGCUUUUGCAUCAAGCUGUUGUUACUCCAAUUAUAUAUGACUUUUACAAUUAUGAAGCUGACAAGAAAGAAUUUGCUCAACUGUUCAUCAAGUUUUCACAGGGUUUACAAUUGCUUGGGGCACUGCUGUUUUUCAUUGGCAUGAAGAAUUCGAUUCCAAGGAGAACUUUAGUGAAGAAGAAGGCUCCCAAGUCAAAAGCCAAUUGAGGAUGGACCGGACAUGGGUUGAGUUUUUUUUUGUGUGUGCACUAAUUAACAUGUUUCCAUUUGUCACAUUGGACCAUCUUUUGUAAGCUUUGUAUUUUUUGGUACUCUUAUGAAAUCUAAUCUUUGUUCUUUUGGGAUUUUUUGUUUUAUUUUUUGAAUCUUUUCUUCCCUCUAUAUUUAUAUACUUGAGAAGAAAAGAGAAUUUCAAAUUGUUGCUCUGUUAUGGAUGGCAGGACAGCUUAGUAGUUAGUACUAAUAGAGACAUAGAGUAGUUGAAUUCAGCAGUUAUUUCACGCUUUGAAUGUUUAGUGUUUAAUGAUAAGAAAAAGUAUUGGAUGUAUUUUUUGACUUGAAAUUAUAGAAAUUGAUAAAGACGAUAAAUUUAUGUUAUCC